AAAGCACCAACAGAGAAGACAAAUAGGGCUAUAGCAAGUAUUUUUGAUGAGAACAUAAAGUGGGCACGAUUUUUCAGAAUAACACCCCGAUUUCUGUGGCUUUCGUUAUGUCCGUGAGUAACUAGCGAAUAGAAACGACGGACAAAGAAUACAAGACUUUAGCCAUUCUCAUUUACAGAGCAAUCAUAAUCCGAGAUAUAUAUAAGUCGACUUUUAGUACGAGUGAUCACCCAUUCAUCACCACGAACUACAGAACAAGAUGUCGUACCAGAAUGGAUAUCUUAUGGCCGUCGUAGUGAAUGAAGGAACGAGAUAUCAUCCUACUGACUCCAGGUUCAGCGACGACAACGACGUAAGUAGCAGUCAGUAGGAUUUUGGCCUUUCUUUCUCGUUCCCGUGCAAGCACACAUACUCAUUGCAUCAUCUCAAACUCUAACGGUCAGGGCAAAGGCUACCCGCAACAGCAGGCACAGCAGCAAGCACAGUAUGGACAGCCGCAGUACUACAUGGCAGCACCGCAGGGUAUGGCGUAUGGCCAACAGUUUCAGCCAAUGCAGCAGCAACAACAGCAACAAAUUGCCGCGAUGCAGAUCGCGCAAGCGCAACAAUUGCAGGUGCAUCAGUUAUGGACAUUCUUGUGGUCAAGUCAUCAUCCAAUUGCGCCUCAUGUCAUCUUCUCAUCGAAUCAGAUUUCACUAGGCUCUACACUCACGCUCUGAGGUAGAGUAGGUCUAUUCAACACGGUUACUCACUUAUAAUUCAGAGUCCUUCCCACUGAACAAGAUCACAGUUCCUACUUCUUCUAAUUCCUGGCUACGUCGAUCGCCUCGUCGCAUUCCUGUCCAGUGCCAACAAGGGAGGCGCCAUUGCGGACUUGCAGGCGCCAGGAACUGGGCAGCAGAUCAUAAGCGGUUGGUGCACGAUCUGCGAUAAUGCGGCACUCUACGAAGCCACCCUGACACAAAACUUAUGAGAUAUGUCGAAUUUACAUCAUCUUGUGUCAAAAACCUUUCUCUUGAUCCUGUCGUACUCGUAGUGGUCUUCAAGGACUCCAAUUACCACUAGGUGUGGAAGCCAUGGAUGCAAUUCGUUCCUAUCUUAUAUCCAAUGGCAGCAUUGCUAGCAUCAGCACAUGCAACAUCAUGCCAAUGCCUCUAAUAGCGCCUUUCUUUUCGCAAUGGAUGGCUGCGAACCCGGAAGUUGCUCAGAAGUUUGGCCAAAUUCGUGGAUUCUAG